AUGAGCACGUUUGCUAACUUCAUCUACCAAUCCCCGACCCUUUUGUCCUAUGGCAAAGGAUGUGUAUCAGAUAUAGCCACCCAUCAUUUCAUUCCUGAAGGAGCCCGAGUUAUUCUUCUUUAUGGAGGUGGAUCUAUUAAAAAGAAUGGAGUAUAUGAUGAAGUGAAGAAGUAUGUGACUCCAGUUGUUGAGUUUGGAGGUAUUGAGCCAAAUCCCCACUAUGAAACAUGUAUGAAGGCCGUUAAAGUGAUUAAAGAGAACAAUUGUGACUUCUUAUUGGCUGUAGGUGGAGGAUCUGUUAUCGAUGCGACCAAGUUCAUAGACCUUGCACUUGAUUGGACUGCUACAGCUGAUCCAUUUGAUAUGUUUAACGAUGGUAUGAUGCAGAAAGUAACGAAGCCCAAAGCCAAGAUAGGUGUAGUCUUGACCAUUCCUGCUACUGGGACUGAGACUAACAAUUUGUUUGUCGUCACACAUUUUGAAAAGAAGGCUAAAGUCCUUGGAUGCUGUGAUUAUGUUAAACCACACUUCGCUUGUGUCGAUCCAGUUCACUCCUUCACUCUUCCAGUUAAUCAAGUCAGAAACGGUGUGAUUGACGCUUACGUCCACGUCAUCGAACAGUACAUUGGACACUAUGACGUCUCUGCUGUCGUCGAUCAGUUCUGUGAAGGUAUCAUGAGAACCUUAGUCCACUCCGGGCCUUUGACCGUGAAAGAUUUGCACGACUACAAGUCACGUGCAGACUUCUGUCUUGCUGCUACUUAUGCUUUGAAUGGAAUUUUGGGGACAGGUGUCCAGCAAUGCUGGGCGGCUCAUCUUAUUGGACAUGAAAUCACUACAUACUAUGGAGCUGCUCACGGCGCUUCUCUUGCUAUGUCAUGCCCCGCUGUCAUGAAAUUCAACAAAGAAAAGAACGCAAAGAAACUCGCACAAUUGGCUGAAAGAGUCUAUGGUAUUAAAAACGCUACGGCCCAAGAUGGUAUCGACUGCACUAUUAACUUCUUCAAGUCCGUCGGUGGUAUUACUACUAUGACUGAAAAUAAGUACGACGAACAGUACAUCGAAACUAUUGCCGAGAAAUUCAAGGGAAGAAAGAUCGGCGCUCACCAAGACAUUUCUUACGAGGAAGUCAAACAAAUCUUCAAAUUGAUGCAAUAA